AUGGUGCUUUUGACCGGUCUUAAAGGCGCCCAUGUGCUCAUCACAGGAGGCACCCGGGGUAUGGGAGAGGCAAUGGUGCAUAAAUUCCUCCAGGAGGAAGCAAAUGUAUCCUACUGUGCCCGGACCGUCACCAACACUGAGUAUGAUGACUUCUACCCAACGCUCGCUCAGGGAAAUACCGCCCGCGCUGUGGGCACGGCAUUCGAUGUUGCUAGCAAAGACGCUCUCGUCAAGUGGGUCGAGAGCUCUGCUGAGCGCCUCGGGCGAAUUGAUGUGAUUAUAGCCAAUGCGUCGCCAAUGCAUAUGGAAGGCGAGACGGAGCAUUGGGAGAGCAGUUUCGCGAUCGAUGUCAUAGGCUUCGUCGAGUUGGCCAGAGCAGCCACCCCGUACUUAGAAAAAUCUCCCCUGGCAUCCAUCAUCGUGCAGAGCUCCUUCAUGGGGCGGGAAUUCUACCGCUCCCCUCCGGCGGCCUACGGGCCUUGCAAGGCAGCGCAGCUGCAGCAUGUCCAGGAGUUGUCCCACUUUUUGGGACCGAAGGGCAUCCGGGUCAAUGCCAUCUCGCCAGGACCAAUCCUUUGCAAGGGCGGUCCUUGGGAGCUUUAUUCAAAGAGCAACCCGGAAUGGGUGGAGGAGCAGCGACUGAAGAUUCCUCUUAAACGGCUGGGGGACCCGACAGAGGUAGCGGCCGUUGUAGUGUUCUUGGCUAGUCCUCUGGCCAGCUUCGUAACGGGCACGAAUGUGCUAGUCGAUGGCGGAAUUCAUGUUGGCACCCAGUUUUAG